AUGACGUUCAAUAUCACUAUAGGCCCAUCCCAGCUCGACUCAGACAGCUCAGGCGUGGAGGUAUCACCUCCGUCCGUUGGGAGCUACAGUUAUCGGGGCCCGUAUGAUGAAUGGGCAGAAGUCUCUGAUCCAGAGGAACUGAAGCCUAGCGAUUCAGCUAGGAGACCAUGGACAAGUGCGAGAGAAAAACCAAAACCAGAAUCUCCAGGAUACGUAUACGCCGCAGAAGAAUUCGGGCCAUCAUACAGCAAUCGCGACAAUAAUUGUUUGAUCUGUGCCGGCGACAAAGACCAAGACAAAGACAUUACCGUCCAUCUCAAUAUCGAAGCAGGCCUGGAUAUAAGCCAUGAUUUAGGAAAUUUGGCUCGACUGAGUCGAUUGGGUCAUUUCUAUCAGGCAGUUCAGCUUUUUGAGGAUCGCCUCGCGCCACACGUCGAUUUCUUCCCCGUCGUGGCCGAAUUCGCAGACCUUCUUCUGGAGCAAGAAAACUUCGGCCAACUUUCCAAAUUCAUAUCCAGUCGGCUCACUGACCCUCACGUAAAAUACUCUGAUGAGGAGGUUCUUUUACUGAAGGUCAUCAAAUCGCUUGCCGAGAUCUAUACCAGAGGAGCAGUAAUACCCGCAUUGGAAAUGUCGACAGAGGCGUUGAAACACCUCACAAGCAACCACCGCUCUCAAUCGUCAGAACACAUUGCCGGAUCGCAGAUCCAACUUGUGGAGGCUUGUGUGCGCAUCAUCGCAUAUGCAGCUGCACACUCAAACUUCCUGGAGAGCGAACGUUUCAAGUCCCUGUUGCACUGGUCGUUGACUGACGACGGAUUAAUAAGAUGGACAAACGAUGAUGAAGACUACUAUCGUAUGCCACCACCACCACCGCCGCCGCCCCCACGAUCAUCACGAUCAGCAUACGCACGCUACAGAUCAGACUACCGGGCAUUCCACUCCAAAAAAGAGACUUCUCGUCACCGCUCUGCAGGCAGAGGCAAUGCGUUGCAGGGGAAAUGCCCUCAAAUUGGUCCUUGGUAUCGUCUCUUGGUCCAAGAAGGAUUUCUGUGGGAGUCGCACCGUAUCUUACGCGCUAUACUACCUUUAUUUGCAUCCAGGCAAGGGCAUUACGUCGACGACGGUAGUUUUGAAGAAUUUGCCCAGCUUGACGACAUAUCCAAAGCCGGUGAAGUCUUCCUUCAGCCCAAAGGUGUUGUGACGGAUGACGAGCAGGCACUCUUGACAGAGUUUGCAAAUGCAUGCCUCCUUGCGCGCUUCCUGAAUGAUGGAUCUGCUCCUGAAGCUGUCCGUACGACUCAUAGCCAAUUCUUCAAUAAGUCUCAUUCCCUAGCAUCGGCCAUUCUUUCCGCGCACCCACACUUGAUCAAAAGCCGAACGUAUCUGGAUUGGGCGUUGCUCGAGAGUACUCGGGAAUUAUCGACAAUUUGUCAAUUGGCGGACAAUCAGCAGAGAUCGGUUGCGGAGAGAUGGCCGCAUGAUAUUCCCAGCGGGGUGCAAUCUCUUCAUCCGAGAGACCCGAUCGUGGAGACAGCAGGACUAACACAGACCUUGAGCAAUCCCUUGCGAUAUAGAAACCUCGAUAUCAUUUCUGCAAGCGCCAGAGAGCUCGGAGACUAUCGUCUUGAGGAGGCAGUGCUCCAGAAAAUUUACCAACUCUCGCGUGAUUUUGAACAAAGGCUCCAGGCCGUGCAGGCCCGGGCACGGUUACAUUAUGGCACGCUGCAGAAUGCUUCGGGUUAUCUAAGCUGCUUAAUUGACGAGUUUCGGCUGCUUGAUUCUGGCGACUCCACCAGCCGUGAAGGGAUGCGCAAAGACCUCCAGCGCCGUCUAGCUGAAUUUAACGCCUCCUUCCCGUUCCGCUUUGAUUACACCGAAACCUUCCGUCAGAACUCGGCCAUUGUCUUCUUUGACAAUCCAUUGUUGAAACGCAUGGAAAGAAAGGUUUCAUAUCUCCUCCUGAAAAGCCUGGGCCGGGAUGUAGAAGCGGAAUUAGCCAGGGUGCAGCUGGCUGAUGUCGAAUGCCAUCUUCCGAGGCUUGAUUCCACUCCGUUGCAGCCACCAGCGGCGGCGGUGCACGACGAACGCGGCAAUCAUAGUAGCCCAGCCCAGAUUCCAGUGACGGCAACAGAGAAGAAAAAUGACCCGCCCGUUGGUUGGCCUUCGGCUCGUGCGAUCUUACCGGAAAGCUAUCGCAGCGGAGACGCGACAGAUGAGGUUGCACAAAUCUGGGAGAAACGGCUCGUGAACAUGCGUAAGGAGCUCGCUGAAGAAAAGCGCAAGGAAAGAGAGGCUAAAGAGACGGCGCGGCUCGCAUGCGAGAAAUUGAAACUUGCAGAAGAAAGAGCAGGCGCAGCAGAGGCAUCAUCGCAUGCCAUGCCUGGCGCAGCGCAGCAGUUAAUUACGUUGAAGGACCCUGCAGGUCGGGAGUUCCUAUUUCCCUUUGAACAGUGUCGUUCCUUUACGGCAUUCGAGGUGCUCAUGCAGCGAGUUCUCGUUCAUGAUUCCAUUCUUUCGCAACAUAUUUCCAAUGGCGAUUAUGAGCUCAUUGGGCCUGGCGGCAACCCCGUAUCCCGCGUCGAUUGGGACUCGGUCAUUCAACCAGGUUCGACGAUCACGAUGCGCUCAAAGCCUGAUUCGGGACAGGAACCAUCUCAGACGCCAGAAAAGGAGGAUGACGACUGGGGGCUUGGUUCGUGA